AGAGAUUUGUGGAGACGACUUUGGAACUUGCGAAAAAAAAUCAUGGCAGUUUGAUCGAUAAUUUAUCCGGACGGAUUCGACUAAAUUGAAAAGUGUCAUGUUGACAGCCCGAGAAACUUUUGAAUAUGAGUUGGCCGUUGUGGUGGGCGGUACCAAAAUGAUCAUGCUCCUUCAAGCGAUCACAGGCCCUCUGUUCACCUGGAUGUUGUGGAUCCUGGCUUUCACCGUGGUUACGAUGGGGUACGUCGACCACGUCUGUGUCGGAUGGGACAAAGUCAUGCCGGGCGUGCAGCUGCGUCGCGUUUUCUGGAAUGUCCUCCUUAGCACUGGGGCUGCGGGACUGCUCUACUUGUCCGUCAAAUUGCUCACCCCUGACGUUGACGUUCACAAUUUGGGCUCUGUCCUCUACGCGGUGAAAUAUUCUCUCCGCUUGUACAACUACUGGGGUCCUCUUAUCUACUUUGAGUUCUUUUGUCUCUCGUACAUCUCAAUCUUGUCCUUCUUCCGCUUUGUAAUGAACGCUGUCCUGGUUUUCUAUGGGAUUUCGAGACAUAUCGAAUGGAAUCCACCUAUGGCGCCCUCACGCUCACCUUCCACGAUGCCUCCCCCACCACCACCCCCACCAUCUUCACCGCCACCACCACCACCACCCUCAGGGGAAGCAGGAACAUCAAAACCAUAAGAGAACUAGAAAAAAAAUCGACCAAAAUGAUGAAUGAUUUUUUGACAAGUAUUGUUAAACGUAUAAAUAAUCUGGAGAUGAUGUUAGCUCUGUGACAUCGUUUAAUUAAAUAUAAAGAAGGAUCAAAUACAAUUAAAAACUCGUGUACCACUUUUUCUUAAAGUAUUAUAAGAAUAUUGUCGAUUCGUCAUUGAGUCUGGACUUAAGAUUAAGAUCAUUUAAUUGGUUUUUCAUCGCUGCUGCUGCUGCACAAAAACUUGGAUGAACUGCUGCUCAUUGUUGUCCUUGUCGAGCGUCACCGUUCCCAAUUGGAGGACUUGGA